UAUCAUCCCAAACAGCCGCUAAGGAUUCGCGGGGAAAGGGUUAUUUUUGUUGCAAAUUAGCCGGUGAUUACUAAACUUUUCAAUCUUUUCCAUGGCGGAGGUCGUGGAGCUCUUCCAGUGCCUCGACAAGGAAGGAGGAGAAGAAGAAGAAGCUGAGAACGGUGAGGAGGAGGAGGACGAAUCGCGAUAUUGGUCCUCCGCCCUCAUACCCAUCCUCCCCGACCCCGUAUUUAGCUCAGCCUGCCGGAGCUCCUUUUCCGAUUCCGAGGAAUCUGCCAUUGCCGCCGCUGACUGCUCCGACUAUAACACACCCUUUGCCCGCGAUUUAUCCGACGACACACCUCCGUCGCCUCUUUUCGACCCCGAUCCUGAAGCCCUAGAUUCCCGUGAUUUUACUGUUCAUGAUUUUCUCGAUGGAGGCGAAUUAGGAGCGGUUGGGAAUCGACUCUUUGUCAGCAGUCCUGAAUCGCACGGCGGAGACCUCCGGAUUGUCGGGUUCGGAUCUGAGUCAGAUUCGUCAAAGCACGAUGGCGUGAUCGAAGCUGCUGAUUGCGAUAACGGUAGUAUAGCCCCGAAUCAGGCACCAGACGAUCUUGGCCGUCAGCUUAGCUCGAGUUUCAUCCCAACGGAUGACGGGCGGAGGAACUCCAUCGAAGAGUUCGAGUGGGAGGAAGUGGAUGAUCGGCUUGAUGAUCGUGGAGUUCUUGGCAUGAUGGUGGGCAAUGAAAAUGAUGUGACAUCGAGUAGAAGAGGAGAGGUAGUGGAUGUCCAUCUCGAACCAGAAGAGGCAAGUGGAGAUGUGGAAGAAGAUGACUUCAUUGACACUGACAGCAAUUUUGUCUCGGAACUUAUGUUGUUUAUGAAUAACCAUGUAAAUACUUCACUUAUCGAUGCACUUCUUCCCGAGAAUGAUCGAAUGGUCUUCAUCGAUCUUGCCGAUCCUUCCGAUUAUGAGUUCCAAUUUGGACUAUUGGACCAUGAUAAUAUCAUCAGAGGAAGUCCUCCGGCAGCCAAACUUCUUGUUGACGCACUCCCAUCCAUCAUGCUUACAGAGGAAGAUUUCGCAAACAACAAAUAUUUGUGUGCAAUUUGCAAGGAUGAGUUUUCACUGGAGGAGAGGGCAAACCAACUGCCAUGUUCUCACCUUUAUCAUAUUGACUGCAUCUUGCCAUGGUUGGGGAUUCGGAACACCUGUCCUGUGUGUCGGUAUGAGUUGCCAACUGACGAUCCAGAUUAUGAGAGUUUGAAGGGUAGGAUAUGAGUUGGGGGUAACUGUCACACUGGAAACUUCGCUCAGGUUUGGUUUAUGACACAUUCACUGAAGUUUAGAUUACAGAAUGCAAAGCAAGAAAAACAGCCAUGUAUGUUGUUAUCUGUUUAGUUUUAUCAUGGCAAAAAAAUCUUCCUGAUUGAUUUUCAAGUUUCAAAAGUUCUUUUGUUAGCUUGAGCUGAAUUUUAUGCUGGUUGACAUCUUUUGGGUGGUUUGUAUGUGAGUUGAAUGUGUUUGAAUGAUCUAUAUGCUAACAUUAUUGCAAACACAAAAAUGAGUUUUUAUUUUAUUUUA